UUAGAACCAGUCGGCAUUUUGAGUUGCUUUCCAUCCCUGGCAAAAAGUAUAAACAAUAAAGAUCCACGGUUUAAUCGGAUUCCCCAGUCAUUGCGACCAGCGCUACCUAACUAUGCGUUUGUAUUGCCUGAGCGGCGACCUGGCCAAGCCAUGCUACAUCAUCACCUUCAAGGGGCUCCGCAUAAUGCUGGACUGCGGCCUGACCGAGCAGACAGUGCUGAACUUCCUGCCGCUGCCAUUUGUCCAGAGCCAGAAGUGGUCCAGCCUGCCCAACUUCAUUCCCGGCCGCGACCAUGACCCACAGCUGGAUGGCGAGCUAAAGGAAUGCUGCGGCCGCGUGUUCGUGGACUCCACCCCCGAGUUCAACCUGCCCAUGGACAAAAUGCUCGACUUCAGCGAAGUGGACGUGAUACUUAUCUCAAAUUAUCUAAAUAUGCUGGCUCUGCCGUACAUCACGGAGAACACUGGGUUCAAGGGCAAAGUCUACGCCACGGAGCCAACGCUGCAGAUUGGACGAUUUUUUCUAGAGGAACUCGUCGACUACAUUGAAGUGUCGCCCAAGGCGUGCACGGCGCGUCUGUGGAAGGAGAAGCUGCACCUGCUGCCGAGUCCGCUGUGCGAGGCAUUUCGGGCCAAGAAGUGGCGCACAAUUUUUAGCCUGAAAGAUGUGCAGGGCAGCCUCCUGAAGGUGACCAUAAUGGGCUACGACGAGAAGCUGGACAUACUGGGCGCCUUUAUAGCCACGCCAGUCAGCUCGGGCUACUGUCUGGGAUCGAGCAACUGGGUGUUGAGCACAGCUCAUGAGAAAAUAUGCUACGUUAGCGGGUCCUCAACAUUGACGACUCAUCCGCGGCCCAUCAAUCAGUCGGCCCUGAAGCACGCCGAUGUUCUGAUUAUGACGGGACUGACGCAGGCACCCACAGUCAACCCGGACACCAAACUGGGCGAACUUUGCAUGAAUGUGGCGCUAACGAUAAGAAACAAUGGCUCCGCCCUCAUACCCUGCUAUCCGUCGGGCGUGGUGUACGAUCUGUUCGAGUGUCUCACACAGAAUCUGGAGAACGCUGGCCUCAACAAUGUGCCCAUGUUCUUCAUAUCCCCCGUGGCGGACAGCUCGCUGGCCUAUUCGAACAUCCUGGCCGAGUGGCUGAGCUCUGCCAAGCAGAACAAGGUCUAUCUGCCAGAUGAUCCCUUCCCACACGCAUUCUACCUCCGCAACAACAAACUGAAGCACUACAAUCACGUGUUCUCUGAGGGAUUUAGCAAGGAUUUUAGACAGCCCUGCGUGGUCUUCUGUGGUCAUCCGAGCCUGCGCUUUGGCGAUGCCGUGCACUUCAUUGAAAUGUGGGGCAACAAUCCCAAUAACUCCAUUAUAUUCACGGAGCCCGACUUCCCCUAUCUGCAAGUAUUAGCGCCGUUCCAGCCCCUGGCCAUGAAGGCCUUCUACUGCCCCAUCGACACGUCUCUGAACUACCAGCAGGCCAACAAGUUGAUCAAGGAGCUGAAACCGAAUGUGUUGGUCAUUCCAGAGGCCUACACCAAGCCGCAUCCUUCGGCGCCGAAUCUGUUCAUCGAGCAGCCGGACAAGAAGAUUAUAACCUUCAAGUGUGGCGAGAUUUUGAGGCUGCCACUGAAGCGGAAGCUGGACCGCAUCUACCUCACCUCGGAGGUGGCCCAGAAGAUAUUGCCACGUGAGGUGGCCGCCGGAGUGACGUUCUCCACGCUCACGGGAGUGCUGCAGGUCAAGGAUAAAGUGCACUGCAUACAGCCAUGUGCGGACAUUGUCAAAGAAGAGCCCAGCAGCAGUGGAGGUGCGGCAGCCCCCACUAAAGAGGAUGUGCUGCAGAAAGUUAAGUAUGAGUACGGCAGCAUCGAUGUGGAGGCUGUGAUGAAGCGCCUGACGCAGGAUGGCUUCACCAACAUCAAGAUGGAUCGCACAGACGGAGCGUUAAGCAUACAACUUGUCAACGAGGACACCACCAUCAAGUUCGAGGACAACGAAACGCACAUUAUCUGCGGAGGAAGGCCAACAACGCGCCUCAAGCUGCGCGACACCAUCAUGAAAUGCUUACAAAGUUUUUAACCAUAAACCACAUCAACAUCUACUCUUCCACCAAUAUUAACAACAAGAUUGAA